UAAAAGCACAACGGUGCGCUGCUCCCUUUAUUUCACUGAUGUCAGAUAGGUCGCCCAUUUACCUGCCCGGAGAGGUGGUGCAUGCCAUCUUAGUGCGGGUCAAGGAUCGGGACGCAGAAGACGCGCUGCUCAAGCACGGCCUUACUUCUUGCAGCCUAAUCUGCCGUCACUGGGCGAAGGUCAUCAGACCUAUCCUCUUCUUUGAAUUGAAUCUCAAGAGCGCAGACGAUAUCUCACAGCUGAUUGAGUUUCUGAGCCAGCCAGAUUUUCUGGGCCACUCCCUCCAGAAUUGCAUCCACAUACUCAACAUCGUCGGGGACCGGACGCCACAGAGCAUCCCAUGGGUCCACCAGAUGCUCAGACUGAAGGGACGGUUUGCUUUUAUCAAUAUAACGUUGGUCAUGGAGGGCAUCCCGGAAGCCGAUCUGCCUCAGCCUGAGGCAAAACAUAUAUCAUUACUGCCGUUCUCCUGGCUUCCCAAGACCCUCCCCAUGUCGUUUGGGUUUCUCAACGCCCUCACGCUCUCUGGCAUGCGAGUGCCGUCCAUUCGCGCAUUGGUGGAUUGCGUUGCACAUUUGCGCGUCGGCGAGCUCACGUUGGAAAACAUAACCUUCAGCAAACAGGAAGUCGAAGUGUUCAGAUUUCGGCGACCCCGGCAUUUUAGCCCCGAAUUCUACCUGUCCAUCUCCCACUGCUUCCAGGACACGGACGAUCUUACGCGCUGGUUCAGGAUAUCUAAUUUUCUUUUCGCCCGCCAAGGCUACAUGAUGCUUAAUGAUGUCGCUUGGGCAUUGGUGGACAAGCACAUACCUCUACUGCUUUCGUUAACUCGACACCAAGAUCAAAUUAAGCACAUGAGUGUCAGGUCUCGAGGCUAUUCAGGCGACGUAGAAGAGGGCUACGAAUACUCCCUGCACAACCAGACCGAGGUUGUCGCUGAACUAACUGUGUACACGCAUCGCCACCGCCCUGCGCACCCGGACAUCAGAUAUCUCAGGCUCACGUGCCCCGCCAUAAGCACCGCAGACAUGCCCUCGUGCUUCGAUGACUUCGAGACGGCACUACUGGACCUCAACGGAACGAAUGUGCCACUCCUGACCAUCAUCUGCCUCGAUAUGGACCUCGUCAGGGACGUCAUCGAGCUCCUGCGAAUGGGGAGCAUAUUCCCGCACCUUUUUGGCCGGCUCCGAAAGGUUCACAUCAUGGCUCGCGGGCGAACGCGCUCGGUCCGUCGCGAGCUCACGGCUGCGGGUAUUCACUCUUCGUUCGCCCCAUUCACUCUAGACGGCGAGAGAAUUACGCUCGAUAAGGCACAGCGCGUGCAGUGGCUGCUCCGAAAACAAAGUGACGGUGGAAAGAAGGCAUACUUGCGGGAAUUGUUGCAGGCCCAUGCGGUACGAGCAAGGUCGGGUACGAACUUGGAAUUGGAGUCUGGAGGCAAGGCAGUCAAGUCUUCGGAGAGCUGA